AUGGCAGAAAUAAUAAUCGACCAAGCUACACUCGACUCCGUUAAAGGCAAAGUUGUGGUGUUGGCCGGUGGCGCUCAAGGCAUUGGCGCAUCGACCGUCAGUCAGCUCUACGGGUCAGGGGCGCACGUCUUCUUCGGAGACUGGGAUGACACGAAAGGAUCCAAACUCGCCGAAGACCUGACCUCAUCGGGCGACUCUUCCGGCAGCGUCACGUACCUGAAGGUCAAUGUGCGCGAGUACCAGUCCCUGCUGUCACUUUUCGACGCCGCAUACAACAAGCACGGCCAAAUUGACAUGGCGAUAUGCUGUGCUGCGGUGACGGAACGGCCUGGAUACUGGGAACCGAACAAGUUGAACCUCGAGAGUGUGAGAGAGACACCCACAGGUAUCACGGAUGUGAUUGACAUCAACCUGAACGGCACGAUAUACUUUGCACGUCUGGCCGUUGCGUAUUUGAAGGAAAAGCAUAGCUUCGACUCGAAAAAUACGACGGCCGAUAAGAUUACGUCGGCCAAGUGCAUCACUCUUGUCGCAUCGGUGGCUGGGUUCAAGGAGUCCCCUGGCCUCUUUGCGUACUCGGCCGCGAAGCACGGCGUGAUCGGCCUGAUGAGGGCCUUGAGAGGGUUUAUUUCGCAAUUGUACGGCUUGAGAGUCAAUGCCAUUUGUCCGUGGGCAACCGACACCCAGCUCCUCUCUGGAGUCCGUGCAGAGUGGACAAAGAACAACAUGCCCAUGAACACGCCGAGCGAUGUCGCCAAGUACAUUAUCCAGGUCACGGCUGACCAGACGGCGCACGGGAAGGCUCUGUUCGUGACGGGCGGAAACGCCGUCGAUAUCGAAGAGGGUCUGAACAGGACCGAACCGCAGUGGCUCGGGGAGAAGAACAGCCGCGAGUUGAAUGAAGGUCAAGUCAUUCUCGGAUUGGGUAUGGAUUGGGGCCAUGACAAGUCCUGA